AUGCCUUCCUUCAUGUACAAGAAAAAGAGUAGCGGAGGUUUCCCGAGCUGCCGCAUAUGCCGCAUGGGUUUCCAGAUGGGCCCAGGCGACCUAGACAGUCUAGGCGGUACAAAUGGGCUGCAUGGGCGCCUGCGCCGCCAUCGGGGACUAUACCAUCUACACCAGUUACGAAAGAAGUCUUUCAUUACGCACUUGGACUGGUCCCGCUUCUACCGCGUGUACCUCCAUGAUACUCGUAAUGACAAUUAUCGGAUCUUGGGGGUGAGCAUUCACAUAGCGGUCGAGGUGCUGGAAGCAGUGCCACGUGAUACGGCGAUGGGGGUUAUUGGAUACCCUGAAAAGGACAGAGAUCGUCUGAUACAGGCAACAAGAGUUGGUCAGGAUAAUGACACGAGUUCUAAUGGUCUUGUUGGCUACUAUGUCCACGACAGUUGUUGGGAGUUACUUACCCACCAUGCCGUUGGGGAAAUUGCAAGGCGCUACUUGGCCUUGGUUGUCAAGAAUCUACUCUCACUGCUCAAGGAGAAACCCCUACUAGCCCUAAAGGGUUGGAGAGAAGCUGUUCGUGGCAACCUCGUUUUGGAUGAUCCCGCACCUAUCAAGAUCAUUCAACAUCUGAUCAAGCAAACUCGAACUCGGCCUCACGCGCGGUUUUACAUACAAGGGCCGGUCAACAGCCGUUUGUGCUACCUUCCAGUGGAGAUACUGUAUGAGAUCAUGGAUUACGUUUCCCCCAACGACGUCAAAAACGUGCAGAUCGCCAUAGAGUACUCCCUUGGAGAUGGGUACUGGCGCACACGUGUGCGAACAAAGCUAGUUUACGAAGGUGUUCGGAGAAGGGAGAACUAA